GCGGCGGCGGCGGCGGCGUCGUGUUGGAACGGCGACGGCGACGGGUCGCGCAGCAACUGGGCUGCGCGGGAGCCUAUAGGAUUUCGGAUGUGAUCUUCAUGGUGUCAUGUUGGAAUCUUGAGGUUUUAAUCUGAGUCACCCCAAUGGAUGCGGAGAGUGAUGUUGCCUUGGACAUUUUAAUCACAAAUGUAGUCUGUGUCUUCCGAACAAGAUGUCAUUUAAACUUGCGAAAGAUUGCGCUAGAGGGAGCAAAUGUAAUAUACAAGCGUGAUGUUGGGAAAGUAUUAAUGAAGCUUCGGAAACCAAGGAUUACAGCAACAAUUUGGUCCUCAGGAAAAGUAAUUUGCACAGGAGCUACAAGUGAAGAAGAAGCUAAAUUUGGUGCCAGACGAUUAGCUCGUAGUCUGCAGAAACUAGGUUUUCAGGUGAUUUUUACAGAUUUUAAAGUUGUCAAUGUUUUAGCAGUAUGCAAUAUGCCCUUUGAAAUCAGAUUGCCGGAAUUCACAAAAAGCAACAGACCCCAUGCUAGUUAUGAACCGGAGCUUCAUCCUGCAGUGUGCUACAGAAUAAAAUCUCUCAGAGCUACUUUACAGAUUUUUUCAACAGGAAGUAUCACAGUUACAGGGCCAAACGUAAAGGCUGUUGCCACUGCAGUGGAACAAAUUUAUCCAUUUGUGUUUGAAAGCAGGAAAGAAAUUUUGUAAGUUGCCACUUCACGGUUAGGCAACCUAACCAAGCACCUUUUAUAAGACUGCUGCGCAUUGGACUAAUAGCAAAAAAGAAGGUGGGGGGGAAAAGGACAACUGGACCAACACAGCUGAGGAGGUGCAAACUCUUGGCCGCGGUGAUAAACUCCAGUCCCUUUUGGAUUUUAUUUGGAACAGUGCUGUAUUGUAAAAACAAACGUUUACAAGAUACGAAAUUGCUGCUUUUUAAAAGACAUUCUAUUUAUUUCUGCAGUUAUUUCUGUGUGUUCAUAAGCAGAUUUGUCAUGAUAUGCACUAAAUUUGAAAACACUUCUAUAGGUUGAGCUUGUGUUUUUAUUUGUGAAUAUUCUUUACAUUUUUGUACGCUGACUGUUGGGCACCAAAGAAGCUGUAGACGUUACCCUUUUUCACCUGAUAAAACGUGCACAAAUAAAAGUCUGCAAAACUUUUCUUCAUACCUGUUCGGUUAUGUUCCUUCUCCUUUUUCUAUUAACAAUUGUAUAUUGGCAAAGUAACUAGAGCAAUGUUAGUGUGAUCUUCUGCUCCGAUUUUAUUCCAAUUUUUGUGUGCGUGUAAAGUGAUCUGUAGCAGACUAGGUUGACAUGAAUGAGAGAUAUGUAUGUGUUCUAAGGAGAGAAUUUGGUUUUAUUGUAAUAUAUUUGUAACUAAAUACAGAAUUUAGGGGAUCUCUUUCCAGCCAGUCUAAGCAAGGGUUAAGCAUAAUAGGCUUGAGUGAUGAGAGAAGCUUCUGUUCUGAAGUAUUUGGCAUUAGUCAAAUCAGCUAUCCUAUUUCCAGAUGUAGGGUUGUUUUUAAAAGGAAACCUGCCUUGAACUACUGCUAGUGACUGAUUUUAAUUUUCAGGAAAAAAUGUAUUUUUUCAUGGAUGCAGUUCUAUGCUACUUCUAAAGAACUCUGCACAUAUUUGCCAAAUGUUGCUAUAGCACUGUUAGAAUUAUUUUUUAAAAAAUGCUAACAAAACAAGAAAGCUUGGCUUUGGCAUGUAAUCUUGGACUUGAAAAGCCAAUAUUGAAGCUGCAUAUGGAACAGAUGAGUGGUAAAUCAUAAGGCAAAUGCAAAUGGUACCCUUGCCAACUACAAUAAAUAUGUCAAAAUG